UUCCUGUUCCGGGUUGCCAGACAACAACGUUGUGUGAACGGUAGCAGCCGCGCGCCCCAACUCAAAGUUGUGGAGAAAACUUCGAGCUUCGUGGUGUGACAAACGUCUCGAAGCAUAAACGAAGCCGUCUUACUUUCACCACGCCGCUGUCCUCAUACCUGAUCAGGAAACAAGGAAGACUUUGUGAGACGAGAGGAUGUCGCUUCCUAAACAGGAGGUGGAGGAGAUGAGGCCAUGGGUGGAGCGCACCGUGAAGAAGGUGCUCGGCUUCUCGGAGCCCACUGUGGUCACCGUGGCUUUGCAGUGCGUGGGGAAAGGUCUGGACAAAAGGAAAACGACAGACCAGCUGCACCCUUUCCUGAACGAGUCAGCCGGAAGUUUUGUUGAGCGUCUUUUCGAAGCGUUGGAGGAAAGCCGCGGUUCCCGAAGCAACAAAGGAAAUGCAGAAAAGACCCGCAAGCGAGACCUGAAGGAGGUGUUUGGUGACGACACGGACACAGGCGGAGCGAAAGGUGUUGUCGCGCCAGCCGCCGCUGCCGACGGCGGUACGGUGCCCAAACGCAAACGAGUGCCUCGCUUUCAGGAGGUGGAGGAGCCCGAGGUCAAUCUGGGACUGACGUCAGAGAGCCCAGGCAUGCUCAGUAAAAUGCAGAUCAAACAGAUGAUGGAGGAAGCCACAAAGCAGAUCGAACAGCGAAGGAAGCAACUGAACAUUCCAUCUCCUGCUCAGCAGACACAAAUGGAAUCUCCCAUGUCCCGCCUUCUGGGCCACGCCGGCAUGGGCGGCUCGAUUAUGCCCUCACAGGCCUCUAGCUUCAUGAACGACGCCAUCGAGAAGGCUCGCAAGGUAGCCGAGGAGCAGGCACGCCUGCAGUCCCAGAUGUCGGUGAAGCCCAACAUCCUUGGAAUGUUGGGCAACUCCAUCCCUCACAAUUUUGUGGCUCUGGCUAACCUUCACGCCAUGGGAAUCGCCCCACCAAGAGUGGAAGUGAAGGAAGUGAAUAAGCCGACGCCGCUCAUCCUGGACGACAAGGGCAGGACAGUGGAUGCCACCGGCAAAGAGAUAGAGCUGACGCAUCGCAUGCCAACGCUCAAAGCCAACAUUCGGGCGGUGAAGCGGGAACAGUUCCGUCAGCAACUCAAAGAAAAGCCCGGCGAGGAGCUGGAGUCCACGUCCUACUUUGACAAUCGCGUCACGAUAGACGCGCCUCAGCGGACACGCAAAACCUUCAAGUUCCACGAGCAGGGUCGAUUUGAGAAGAUCGCUCAAAGGAUUCGAACAAAGGCCCAGUUGGAGAGGUUGCAGAACGAGAUUUCGCAGGCUGCCAAGAAGACGGGGAUCCACGCGUCCACCAAGUUGGCUCUGAUUGCGCCCAGGAAGGACAUCGGUGACAGCGAAGUGCCCAACAUCGAAUGGUGGGACUCCUUCAUCUUGCCCACCAACAUUGAGAUAAAGCCAGAAACGAAACUUGAUGAGGUGGUGCUUUUCGGGGUGACCAAUUUAGUGGAACAUCCUGCCCAAAUUAGCCCUCCCGUUGACAAGGACAAGCCGGUCACGCUGGGCGUAUACUUGACCAAGAAAGAACAGAAAAAGCUCAGGCGACAGACUCGACGGGAAGGCCAAAAAGAAGUACAAGAAAAGGUCCGUCUCGGACUGAUGCCUCCACCGGAACCCAAAGUUCGCAUCUCCAACCUGAUGAGAGUGUUGGGAACCGAGGCGGUUCAGGACCCCACCAAAGUGGAAGCCCACGUCAGAGCGCAGAUGGCCAAGAGACAAAAAGCCCACGAGGAGGCCAACGCGGCGCGCAAGCUCACGGCCGAGCAGCGCAAAGAAAAGAAGGUGAAGAAGUUGAAAGAGGAUCUCAGCAACGGGGUUCACAUUACGGUGUACAGGAUCCGGAACCUGCAAAAUCCAGCUAAGAAGUUCAAAGUGGAAGCCAAUGCAAACCAGCUCUACUUGACCGGCACGGUCGUUCUCCAUAAAGAUGUCAACUUGGUUGUGGUGGAGGGAGGCCCCAAAUCUCAAAAGAAGUUCAAGAAGCUCAUGAUGCACCGAAUCAAGUGGCAGGAGCACAACUCCAAACGAGAUGAUCCGGAUGGCGACGACGACACGAGGAGGAACAACAAGUGCUGGUUGAUUUGGGAGGGCACAGCAAAAGAGCGCUCCUUUGGGGACAUAAAGUUCAAGCAGUGCCCCACAGAAAACAUGGCCAGGGAACACUUCAAGAAGCACGGCACCGAACACUACUGGGAUCUGGCUCUCAGUAAGAGUGUUCUGGACAGCCCCGAUGAGUGAGGACCUUAACAGGAACAACACAAGUGCUUCAGUUCGACUCGUCAAAACAACACUUCCUUCCCUGGGACUUAACAUCUGACUGACCGAUUGAUUUGAAUUUGGGACAAUAGAAGCUUUUGUGGAUAUUUCUGCAGGACACCUGAAGUGACAUGUUGCGUUCUAGAAGACGACGAUCAAUCAAGCCUUUUGUGGAACACAUGGCAGAUUAAACGUAAAUAUGUGUGUGACUGAGCGGUGGUAUGUAUGGCAAAUGUUUUUCUUUUUUUUUUUAGGUUAUUCUAAAAGAUUACACUGUGAUAUAAAUCACUUAACCACACAUUUCUGUUGCGAUAGACCAUUGGAGUGUAUUGAGUCAAGUUGUCAAUAAAAGUCUAUCCCUUCAGUGAA